UGUCCUGGCAGUUACAGAGUUAAAAACGAAACCAACUCAAGGGGACACUCAAAAUGAAAGUGAAAUCUGAACGUGUUUAUGCGCAGUCACUCUGAAGAACAGUCGAGUAAUAACCAAACCAGAGAAACAGCCAAUUAACAUGGCUCACAAGGCGGAGAAGACUAACCAACGUGACCACAAUGAUAAUCAGAAGGAAGAGGACUGGGAUUUUCUGGACACAGGCGAAACCCAAGAACAGUGCUCUACUGAGAAACAGCCAAGUAACAUGGCUCACACGGAGAAUGAGACUAACCAAGGUGACCACAAUGAUAAUGAGAAGGAAGAUGAAUGGGUAAUUAUAAACAAAGGAAACAAAUAUUUCAUUCUUUCAACUGGAAAAACAAUGAACACGGAUACUACCAUAAUAAAACAUCUCAAAGACCAAAUACCAGAUCUACAGGAAGUGUCUGAAGUGGAGGAGUGUGAUUUCAUUCUGGUUUUCUGCCCUGUUGUUUCACAAGCUGGAACCGACAUUGAAGCAGCAGUGCAAAAGCUCCAUAAUAUUUCAGACACCAAACCUGCUUUUCUAGUGGUGCUUCAUCACACGAUUGAUCCAGAGUGUGUUGUACCAGACAGCAGCAGAGCCGUAAAGAGAGAGAAUAUAGUCACAGUGGACUGUUUGUUCCAUGAAGAUCAGGGAUUACUGAAAUGCCCUAAGAAUGAUAAAUCAUUUGCCACUGUUACGAACCAUAUACAAUCUCUGGUUCCGAGGCAAACCUGUUACAUUUGGAAUGGAGAAUCAGUGUGGUGCCAGUGGCUCUUUUCACUAUCUUCCUUUUCUUCUCUACGUCUUUCAUCCAUGGAGGGCGAAGAGAAGACACAAGAACGAAACAUAGCACAUGUGUUUCCAGGAAACAAAUAUUUCAUUCUUUCAACUGGAAAAACAAUGAACAUGGAUACUACCAUAAUAAAACAUCUCAAAGACCAAAUACCAGAUCUACAGGAAGUGUCUGCAGUGGAGGAGAGUGAUUUCAUUCUGGUUUUCUGCCCUGUUGUUUCACGAACUGGAACCGACAUUGAAGCAGCAGUGCAAAAGCUCCGUACUAUUUCAGUCACCAAACCUGCUUUUCUAGUGGUGCUUCAUCACACGUUUGAUCCAGAGUGUGUUGUACCAGACAGCAGCAGAGCCGUAAAGAGAGAGAAUACAGUCACAGUGGACUGUUUGUUCCAUGAAGAUCAGGGAUUACUGAAAUGCCCUAAGAAUGAUAAAUCAUUUGCCACUGUUACGAACCAUAUACAACCUCCGGUGCCAAGACAAACCUUAUUCAGUCUAAAUAUAGCAUCACUGGGCCAGUGGACCUAUUCACUACUACCUUCCUUUCCUUCUCUAAGUAUUCCAUUCAUGCAGGGCGAAGAGAAGACACAAGAACGAAACAUAGCACAUGUGUUUCCAGGAAACAAAUAUUUCAUUCUUUCAACUGGAAAAACAAUGAACAUGGAUGCUACCAUAAUAAAACAUCUCAAAGACCAAAUACCAGAUCUACAGGAAGUGUCUGCAGUGGAGGAGAGUGAUUUCAUUCUGGUUUUCUGCCCUGUUGUUUCACGAGCUGGAACCGACAUUGAAGCAGCAGUGCAAAAGCUCCAUAAUAUUUCAGUCACCAAACCUGCUUUUCUAGUGGUGCUUCAUCACACGUUUGAUCCAGAGUGUGUUGUACCAGACAGCAGCAGAGCCGUAAAGAGAGAGAAUACAGUCACAGUGGACUGUCUGAUCCAUGAAGAUCAGGGAUUACUGAAAUGCCCUAAGAAUGAUAAAUCAUUUGCCACUGUUACGAACCAUAUACCACCUCCGGUGCCAAGACAAACCUUAUUCAUUCUAAAUAUAGGAGCUGGUAUGGAAGCACUGCAGACUAUCAUUGAUUAUAUAGCAUCACUGUGCCAGUGGACCUAUUCACUACUACCUUCCUUUCCUUCUCUAAGUAUUCAAUUCAUGCAGGGCGAAGAGAAGACACAAGAACCCGAACUGAGGCUGGUGCUGCUGGGGAGGACGGGGUCUGGGAAGAGUGCAGCAGGAAACACCAUCCUGGGCAGAGAGGAGAGGAACCAGGCUGCUACAUCUACAGAUACAUCUACAUCCACCCAGCAGAGCGAGAGCACACAGGGGAAGGUGGCUGGGAGGAAGGUGACUGUGGUGGACACUCCUGACUGGUUCUCUCCCGGACUCUCUGUGGAGAAGCUGAGACAGGACGUGGGACUCUGUCUGUCUGCUCCAGGACCCCACGCCUUCCUCCUGGUCAUACCUGUAAAGCAGCCUACAGGAGAGGAGAGAGGGAUGCUGGAGAAAAUGGAGGAGAUGUUUGGAGAGGGAUGUUGGAGAAACACAAUGAUCAUAUUCAGUGUUACUGAUGAGCUUCAGAAGAAGAACAUUGAGGAGUUUAUCCAAUCAGGAAACCAGGAGGUCCAGAAACUUGUAGAGAAAUGUGGGAACAGGUUUCACUGUCUCAACAUUAAGGAGAGCGGAGAUGGUUCUCAGGUCUCAGAGCUGCUGGAGGAGAUAGAGAAGAUGGUGGAAGAAGAGAAGAAUGAGUUGACAAAGAGAGAACUCGAGAAGGAGCUGAAAGGAGAUUGUACAGCGAAGGACAGAGAAGGACGAAAAUGUGAAGAAGCUGAAAGAAAAGAGAGAGAGGGAGAGGAGAGAGAUUUGGAGGAGAGGCACCAACAGGAGAUGGAGGAGAUCAGGGAGGUGUAUGAAGGAGAGGCCAGGAUGGGGGCAGAAGGUGGUAGAAAGAAGCAGGGUGAAGCAAUAUUGUUGUAAGAGAUUGAAAGAAUGAUCGUGCAGGCAAAAGGAAAAUCAAGGGAAGAGAACAAAAUGAAAAAGAAACAGAGUGAGGCAAACGUCAUAAAAUGCUUGCUGCAGGAAUUCUGGAAAUACAUUUUGACCCUAAAAUACGAAGAUGCAUGAAAGAGUUCAGCAGAUAGAGAAGAUGAAGUUGGUGAUACAUAAGCAUAAUCUCAAAGAACCAGACAACUUUCAAUAGGCAGAAAGAAUAAAUAGCAAUAUUAAGUUACAAAAAAGAGUUCAAAUAUUAUUUCUCAUAAUAUUCUUAUAUGUAUAGUGUAUCAUGUAUAUGAUUGACUCAAUCUUGUUCCUUCUGUCCAUAAUCUUCUAAUGUAAUAGUAAAUCAUGUAGAAAUGUAUAAUUACAGCAGAGAAGCAUGGAAGUUGGGAUUAUUAAUUAGACAGUACACAUAUGUGUUUGAGACUCAGAGAUAAUUUCUAGGUGGCAUACAGGUGAAAUCAAGAAUGCUCUGUUUUUUUAAUCUUUAUAUAUAAUCUUUAUCUAUAACACAUUUAGCUGUUAUGUUGUGAAAUGUUGCAUGUAUUGCUGAUAUGAUUACUAUCUGUACUUUUGCGAAUAGACUAUGCAUGAGUCUCCUUUGGUUUGCUUGUGUUCUGAGUCAUAAUAAAAAUGAAAGCAUGUUUUAUAUCCCA